AUGCCUCCUCAAACGCCCCGAUCCAGUAGAGUGCUCCCGUGGAUGGAGGACGAUGUGCCCAUCAUAGACACCACCGAGACCUUCUCGGACGUCACGUUCAAGGUCUUUACGUAUGUCGCAAAGGCCGUCGAUGCGGCCUACACGUACGAGCAGCUCCGCACGACGGUCGCCGGGCAAACCCUGAAACCACUAAUCUCAAAGCUCAGUGAAGAUUGCCAUCAUCCUGCAGUCGUGGCGGGCCUCUUGGCUGCAAGGUAUUUGUUCACCAAUGACUCCGGAGACACAGAUAGCGCUCUCAACGAAAGCAGAGGGCUGGCAUGUGAGCUGGUCGCUUGGCAGUUUCUCACCUUCUUGUCGGAGAAGGAACUGAUCGACUACCUCCUGUACGAACUCCCAGAAUACUCGGAAGAUUCCUCGUCAGAGCAAGGCGCCCCUCCUCGAGGCAAUAAUGGCGGCGGUCACAGGGACGACAACAUCUCAGACGAGACGUCGCCUUUGAUCCGUGCCCGGUCGAAUGAAUACGGUGGUGGUGGUGGCCUUCGGCCGCCCAAGCGGGUCUCUGUUGACAACCCGGUCGGCACGACGGUCAACUUCCCUGGCGACACGGAUGGCUCUCCUCGCCUCAACCUUGAUCAAUCGAUGGCCGGAAUGAACGCCCUGGAAAUUGCUGCGAUAGGAGAUGCAAAGAAAUUUCUGUCCCAAAAUCCCGUCCAGAAGAUUGUCGAGGAUAUCUGGAAUGGCGAAGUCAUAUUCUGGGAGUCCCUUUCUGUCCAUGCCGUCAAAAAGCCCCGGAUGUACAACAAACGCGUCGCCGAUCCUUUUACGCGAUUACGGGUUCCCAAAUACCAGAAAACUUUCCAGGUGGCCUUCUUCAUCUCCUUCCUGGUCCUCUACUAUGCGGUUCUGGUCGAACGGAACCCUAGACAUAUCACUGUCACCGAAGCUGUCCUAUAUGUCUGGAUCGCGGCAUUUGCGUACGAUGAGUUUGGUGAAAUCAAAGAUGCCGGUUUGAUGUUUUAUCAGACAGACUUCUGGUCGUUGUGGGACAUCGCUAUAAUUGGGGUGAGCGCGGCUUUUGUCGUAAUGAGAGUUAUUGGCCUUGUGAGAAAGAGCGACUAUCUUAUUGACGUGGCGUUUGAUAUCUUGUCCAUGGUCGCCCUAUUUCUUGUGCCGAGGAUCUUUUCGGUUAUGAGCCUGAAUCCUUAUUUUGGAAGCUUGAUCCCCGUACUGAAAGAAAUGACCAAAGCAUUCUGCAAAUUCCUGCCUGUCAUCAUUGUGCUAUACCUAGGGUUUUUAACUACCUUCACUAUGCUCGCUAGAGACCGGAUGACGCUCAACGAAAUGUCAUGGAUGCUGAUCAAGGUCUUCUUCGGAUCAAGCUAUCUUGGGUUCGAUAUGGCCGUCAAGAUUUCUCCAUUGUUCGGGUACACAUUGAUGCUGAUUUUUGUAUGCUUGACCAACAUCUUGCUCAUCACCUCACUCGUGUCAUUAGUCUCGAACUCUCUGACGGAGGUCAUGGCUCAUGCUAGGGAGGAAUACCUCUUCCAAUAUUCCAUCUAUGUCCUCGAAAGCAGUACUUCCCGGCGACUGACCUACUUCUUGCCGCCGCUCAACCUCUUCCCGCUGGUCUUGCUGCGACCACUCCGGCUAGUGCUCCCCUCUGAAGACGUUCGCCGGAUACGCAUCGCCAUGCUCAAAGCCACCCAUGUCCCUUUCCUCGCCAUGAUUUGGACGUACGAGAAAUCAAUACGCAUGGUGUCUCGUGCUCAUCCCACCAUAAGUAAGGCUCCGCACUUGACAAGCCGACCCCUUAGUGCAGGUCAGUUCAGUCUUGGUGGUGCCCAAGAUUUUGUCAAGUCUCCAAUGAGUCGACGCGCGCUUCAUGAUACAUCUCCAACGAGGAAUCCCGACGUGACAGGUUCCACCACGAAAUCUGCCUCGGGCAGUGCCGAUAAUACUGAGCUUAUGGCCCUUGUUCAUAAGUUGAGCGCUCAGGUCGAUGCUUUGACUGCCAUGGUGGCCGGCCAGCAGAAGGACUGA